GAGUAUCUCUUAGAAAUUCAAAUUCUCCCGGGAGGAGAGGCGCCAGCAAUUUUCGGGAAUGAUGGAAAGCGAGGAAGGGAAGGAGAGGAAGGAGAAGGAUGGGCUUCGCCUCACGCUGAUCCACAACGGCGUCAUCGUCACCAUGGACGACGGUUCUAGGGUUUACUCCAAUGGAGCCAUCGUGGUGGAGGGGGACAGAAUCAGAGCAAUCGGACGUUCCUCCGAGAUCAUCGACCGUUUCUCCCCUCUGGCCGACGAGAUCGUCGAUCUCCAAGGGCGAAUCGUCCUCCCUGGGUUCGUUAAUACUCACGUCCACACGUCUCAGCAGCUAGCACGAGGGAUAGCGGAUGACGUCGACCUGCUGACGUGGUUGCACGAACGGAUCUGGCCGUACGAGUCGAACAUGACGGAGGAGGACUCGUAUCUCUCCACCUUGCUCUGCGGAAUCGAACUCAUACGAUCAGGGGUGACGUGCUUUGCUGAAGCUGGUGGACAGCAUGUCCCCGGAAUGGCACGCGCAGUGGAGCUCUUGGGAAUACGAGCAUGUUUAACAGAGUCAACUAUGGACUCUGGUAAGGGUCUGCCAUCCGGUUGGAGUGCUCGUAGUGCAGAUGAUUGUAUUCAGUCUCAAAGGGAGCUCUACUCAAGACAUCAUGGUGCAGCGGAUGGCCGCAUUAGGGUCUGGCUUGGUAUAAGGCAAAUCAUGAAUGCAACCGAUCAACUACUGCUUGAAACAAGAAAUGUAGCAAAAGAACUGAAAACUGGGAUUCACAUGCAUGUAGCUGAGAUAUCAUAUGAGAAUCAAUACGUGGCUAAUACUAGAGGAGUCAAUGGUGGAACUGUCACAUACUUGGAGAAAAUUGGGUUCUUACAAAGCAACUUGUUGGCAGCACACUCUGUUUGGGUCAGUGACAAUGAGAUAGAAUUACUCUCAAAGGCGGCUGUUAAAGUUUCUCAUUGCCCUGCCUCUGCCAUGCGAAUGCUUGGGUUUGCCCCCAUAAAGGAGAUGCUUCAGAUUGGUCUUUGUGUUUCCUUGGGAACAGAUGGUGCUCCAUCAAAUAAUAGAAUGAGCAUCGUUGAUGAGAUGUAUUUGGCUUCUUUAAUUAACAAAGGAAGAGAAGCUUAUACGAAGGGAGCGACAGAUCCUACAGCUGUACCUGCGAAAGCAGUUCUGAAAAUGGCGACUAUAGAUGGUGCAAAAGCAGUUCUAUGGGAUGAUGAGAUUGGGUCAUUGGAUGUAGGCAAGAAGGCUGACUUGGUUGUGGUCAAACCUUUUACAUGGUCUAUGGUUCCUGUACAUGAUUGCAUCUCCAGCCUAGUGUAUUGCAUGCGGACUGAAAACAUUGAAUCUGUUAUGUGCAACGGUCACUGGAUCAUGCGGGACCAGAAGAUCCUCACCAUAGGGGAGGAUCAAAUUGUUGCUCAGGCAAAGCAUGCUUCUAUUGAACUUCUGAAAAGAGCUGGAAUAAAAAUUUCACCAAAAAUGAAUGUCCUGUAAAUUAUUUCUUUGCAUGCACUCUGGAAUAUCAUGCGUCUGAUCUCCAUAACUACUGAAAAAAUAAAACCAUUCGGCUGAAAGCUGGUCUUGCUGAGAUCACUCACACAUCCUGUCUGCAAGAGCAGAAGAACUUCGACCAUCACUGAGUGUAUUAAGAUCCUUGUAAUGUAUAAUGCAAUACUAAGGUCAAUAGGUCCUGCAGUUUUUGCUCUA